UCUCUCUCUCUCUCUCUUCGCCCUUUCGAUUUUUCGCAUUUUUUUCUCUCUCCUCUCCCUCUCCUCGCCUCGCGGCGAAGCCACCGGAGCCACCCGCCGCGCCGCGCCUCGCCUAUUUCACGCCUCCCCUUGCCGCCCCCCGCGUAGAGCUCGCUCCCCUCUCCGACGCCGCGUGGUGGGUCAUGGGGCGCCACGGCAGCGCCGGCCGCGGCGGCCUCCAGCUCCACCUCUUCCUGGCGGCGACGGCGAUGCUCCUCCUCCUCCUCGAAUCCGUGGCCGUAGCGGCGGAGAAGGUGGAGGCGGCGGUGGUCGAGGACGGCGCGCACCUGCUGCCGCGGCCGCUCGUCAUCGAGCUUCCGACGGGGCCGGCCGCGGGGGAGGGGGAGGAGGUGCCGGUGGAGGUGCGGUGCGCGAGCUGGAGGCUGGCGGGGGAGGCGAACAACCUGGCGCCGUGGAGCGCGGUGCCCGAGGAGUGCGCCGCAUACGUGCGGGGGUACGUCACCGGGGUGGCGUACCGCUCCGACCUCGAGGAAGUCGCGCGGGAGGCGUCCACCUACGCCCGCGCCGCGCGCGUCGCGGGCGACGGCCGCGACGCCUGGGUGUUCGACGUCGACGAGACGCUGCUCUCCAACCUCCCCUACUACGCCGAGCACGGAUACGGGCUCGAGCUGUUCGACCACCGCGAGUUCGACAAGUGGGUGGAGAGAGGGGAGGCGCCGGCGAUCCCCUCCAGCUUGAAGCUGUACAAGGAGGUUCGCGACCUUGGAUUCAAGACCUUCUUGCUCACGGGCCGCAGCGAGGGGCACCAGGGCGUCACGGUUGAUAACCUCAAGAAACAGGGCUACCAUGAGUGGGACAAGCUUAUACUAAGGGCGCCAGCUGAUCGCAAGAAGACGGCGACGAUAUACAAAUCGGAGAAGAGGAAGGAAAUGGAAGAGGAAGGGUACAGGAUCCUGGGCAACUCCGGCGAUCAAUGGAGCGACCUGUUGGGUUACUCCACGAGUGCUCGAUCCUUCAAGCUUCCCAAUCCAAUGUACUAUAUCCCAUGACAGAGCAGAGGGCAAAAGAAGAGGGCAGACGAGAGAUGCUAUGUUUAUUUGAUGCAUUUUUCUCGUUGUGCCUGUUCGAACUGACUGGUGGAGAAAAAGAAGUUAAAAAUAAUUCUUCAAGGGAAUUUCAACUGUACAAAACCUCACUGACUUCAUGUAGAAUACAUUAAACUUGUAAACUCAAAUGUAAUUGGAUGAAAUGGGAUACUAUUUAUUUAGUGGUUAGUGCAUGA